AUGAUCGACUUGAAUCGGCCCCAGCAUAAUCCAAAGUUGGUCGGUCCAGGAGGCGAACCAGAGCAGGCCGCGUUGCAGGGAUUCAGCGCUCAUCGACGGAACAAGUAUAAAAGUGUCAAUUCGGAGGGGAACUAUGUGCACGAGGUUGUUUUGCCGGCUGAUUCGGACUAUACGCCACUGCAGCCGGGUCAAAGCGCUCCAGCCCGAAUUUACGAGUUCCAGUUGGAUGCAUUUCAAAGAGAUGCAAUCACUUGCAUCGAUAACGGUCAUUCUGUACUCGUUUCGGCUCAUACCUCGGCUGGCAAGAGCGUCGUUGCGCUAUAUGCGAUAGCGAUGUCGCUGCGCGAUAAACAGCGUGUCAUCUACACGUCACCGAAGGAAGCCCUGCCCAAUCAGAUUUAUCGAGAAUUGCGCGAAGAAUUUGGCGAUAUUGGCUUGAUGAGUGCCGGCAUGACACUGAACCCGGACGCUUCUUGCCUGGUGAUGAGCACCGAUAUAUUGCGCUCGCUGUUGUACCGUGGCUCCGAUUUGGUGCGCAAAGUGGACUGGGUCAUUUUCGAUGAAAUGCAUUAUAUACCCGAGAACGGUUUGUCGCAACCAUUUGCACUGAUCAGUUUGGCUUGUGCUCCCUGA